AUGAGCCAUAACAAAGGAAAGGUUGUUGAAUCAAGACCAGCCACUGAGUAUAAAUUAUCUGUGAGCAGCAAUCCUAGUUCUAGAAGGGCCUCGCUAGGAAGAAGUAUUAGUGAAUCCGGAUAUGCUGGAGCAGCUGUGAGUAAUUCAUCAAUGUAUGAUACUACGAUUGGUGGGACUAAUGCAAUUGUUGAUUUAGUUGAUGAAAUUUUAAUACCUAAUAUUAGACAGAUAAGUGAUUCUUUAGCGACUUUGGACAAGAAUUUUUCAGAUUUGAAUAUUAUUCAAGAGAAUCUAGUUGACUUUAAUGAAUCAUUGGGGUCUUUAUUAUAUGGUUUGAUGUGCAAUUCUUGGUGUGUUGCAUUUCCUCAUGUCCCAAAUGAUAUAGAAACUGAGAUUAAUAAACUAAGAAAGCUCGAUUCUUUGGAAUCAGAAAAACAGGGAUUGAUUGAUAAAAUCAAUGCAUUAAGAAAUGAUAAUAAAUCCGAGUUUAUCCAACCUGUACUUACAACCUCACAAGCAAGAAGAAAUAUAUCUAGAAACCCACAAUUACAGAGAGAGAAUACCCAAAGUUUAGCUAGUGGCAAAUCAGAUACUCGUGAUAACGAAGAUGAUUCAGAGGACGAAGAAGAUUUUGAUGAUGUUAAUAGUGAAGCAUCGUUUGUGCUCAAUCCACCAAAUGAAUUAGCUAAAAAGUUUCUACGGGAAACGUCAACUGCUAAGACUAGAAAUAGAAACAGCAAAUUGAGAAGAAAAUCUAUACUUCAUACAAUUAGAAACAGUAUUGCAACUUCCUCUGAUUUUAACAAUAAUUCUCAAACUAAUCCAAUUUCUAACCAAUAUCAACGUCAAGAUGCCAAUAGACAAAGGCAAAUGUUUUCAUUAGGAAGUGGUGCAUCAAGAAUUGUUAGCAACCCUCAAUUAACUCAGAAGGGAAACAAUGAGGGGAGAGCAAGACUUGUCUCAUCAUCUAGCGGUCAAGUGAAUAAAAAAACAAGAAGUGAUAACCUUUCAAAUAGUUCGAGACCGCCAUUCAGGUGA